AUGACGGGAGCUAAGCGCAAUGCCCCGAAACAACAGAACCGAAACCAAAACCAACGACCAGAGAAGCGCCCGCCCCUCACGCAUUUUCUGUGUCUUCCACUAGUCAACCCCACCUCAUUAUCACAGUUAGAGUCUUCUUUUGCAUCUUUCAAGGCAGACUAUCAGCCAGUACCGGUCACAAAUCUGUCAAAUGCAUCGACGAGACAAGAUGCGCGCGCAAUCAUUCCCGAAGGCGCAAUCCGUCCGUUGGGCACACUGCACCUCACUAUUGGAGUGAUGAGCCUCCCGACCGUGAAUAAGCUCGCGGAGGCAUUGCGGUUCUUUCAUUCGCUUGAUCUCGCUGGUCUAAUGCGCGAGACGGGGCGGGUUGCAACCGAGUUGCGAGAAAGAAGAAAGUCUCACAAUUUGUCAAAUUCCGCAAUGGAUGACCCUCGACAUAUCAGGUCUCGGGCAUCUGUGACUGAGGCAUCGCGGGAUCUAGGCCCCAUGCAUGUUACUCUCCAGUCACUGCAUAGCUUACCACGGGCAAAAGCCGCGACUGUUCUACAUGCUUUUCCUGAGGAUCCGACUGGACGAUUGUAUCCGUUUUGUCUGAUGCUGCGGGAUAAAUUCAUUGAAGCUGGAUUUAUACGAAACGAAAAUAAAGACAAUCAGGGACACGAUAAACAAUUCGCGGAAGACGAUCGGCCUCGAUCGGAGUCUAAAAUAGCUCCUCAAGCAUUGGACCCGUACACAGCGGCUCUCAACCGCGUUCCGAAACCACGUCCUCUGCUUUUGCAUGCGACGAUCGUGAACACAAUCUACGUUCGGAGACAACCAAAGGCUAAGCCUGACGUUGGGCAUUCCAAGAGAGCAAAGAACAAACCCAGCCCUCUUGAAAUCGAUGCAAGAGACAUUCUAGCUCGGUACCAGAAUUACUAUUUCGAUGAAGCUCGAACAAUUCCCCGGCAAGGACCUCCCUCACACUCUGAAGCCAUGGAAGCUACGCAGAAUGAGGACAACAGGGGCGCGAGUCAACCUACGAAAGUCUGUCCCCAGUACCCAUUUGUCUGGGCAAAAGAUAUCCCCAUCGACACAGUCUGCAUCUGUGAAAUGGGCGCAAAGAAACUCCCUCUCCAUUCUGAAGAUGCAGAUUUGAAUAAGCGGCUAGGGGAGAAGUAUACUGUCGUUGCCCAGCGGAGUCUCUCAGCCUCCCAUAGACGGUAG